AAGGAAUGCACGUGCAGUGAAGAAGAGGAAGAGGAAGAGCAAGAGCAAGAGCAAGAGCAAGAACAAGAGGACGAGGACGAGGACGAGGACGAGGACGAGGACGAGGACGAGGACGAGGACGUUGUACAAGAGCUCUAGCAGCAUCUGAUCUCUGAACUGCUUUCUUGAAUGGUGAUGAAGAAACAGCAGGCAGCACUGAAAUGCAAUGGGUUCCACGUUAUGAAGGUUCACCACCGACUUCUCCCAUUCUUGCAAGUGCUCUACGUGAAACUUCAUCGGUCCAAGAAGGCGGGAGAGGAGGCGCUGCCGGGUGACCGGACUCUGUUCGUAGCGAACGCAACGAUGGAGGAGGAGGAGCUCAGGUCAGUCUUCGAGCAGUUCGGGAGCGUUGAGGCCAUCACAACCAGUGACAAGAAGAAGAAGCUGUUCAGAGGACGAGACAGGAGGAGCGAGGCCGCGGGGGGUGGCACCGCUCAUGUGGUGUUCAAGCAGCGAUCAGCAUGCGAGGCUGUGCUCAAGUCUUGCAGUCCCCUGAGACUGGAGGAAGAGGACGAGACAGGCAAGACAGGGCUGAAGGCCUGGAUGCACGACCACAGGUCCAAGAACAUGGCGGAAGAUUCACUUCAGGCGCAUGUAGACGCGUGUAUGGCAGCCUUCGAUAGCAGGACCGAACCCCUCUUCCCAAAAAGGCAAAAGAGCUUCAAGAUUUGUACAGGUUUCAGAUCCGCGAGAAAAAGACGCGAGCAGCUAGUGGCUCUGAGGAACAAGUUCGAGGCCGACAAGAAGCGCGUAGAGGCCAUGAAGACGAGGAGGCAGUUCAAGCCCUUCUGA